GAGGGAAAGAUGAGAAUUUGGGAUCAAAGCGAAAACAUUGUGUGGCUGUGGGCCUGUGGCAGUGUGGAGAGGAGGAGAAAGCUCAGGCUCUGGCUCAGGCUCAGGCUGGUGGCGUAGGCGAAGUUAAAAAGUCUCCUCCCCGCCCUCCUCCACUGUCCCGAGAAGUUUUGUUUGCACCGAGACAGUGGUGCCCCUGAAAUUCCUCUUCCCGAUCCCCAAUCUCUUCGAAGUUCUCCGGAGAAUUUCAUCGUUUCCAAAAAGUUUGUCUCACAAUUGAUACAAGCAUAUGAGUCUGCCUCUGCCUUCUACCUUCUUUUAAUCUCAUCUUCCGUAUUGCUCUCAGACUAUUUAGAUCUGCAAUUCUCCGAGCUCACAGCCAUCAUUGAAGGAUCUAUCCUUUCUGUUCAAAAUCGAAAGAUUGCUCAUUUGGUCGUUUGAUUGAGAUAAAGUUUCCAAAACGAUUUGAUUAUGGUCUAGCUGAAAUCAAUGACCUGUCGCUUACGUGGAUCCCUGUUGGCUGUAAAAGGCUAUCCAUUAUAGAUAUCGUAUCGGGUCGGGUGGUUCUAUCUUUAAUUGUACUACUGGUUGUUGAUGUCCAACUCUUGUUUGAGCAAAAGAUUGUCCAGGAAUGACUUGUUUUGCAUGGGCCCUUCAUACUUCAUAGCAGGCCUUGAGUUCGUAACAGGGGAGCUGCCUUCUUUAAUUUGAGAUCAGUCGUUGGUGUCAAACGACAUGGAUCAUGGUUUGUGCAUGACCAACGGUAGAUCGUCUUUAGCCCCUGGUAGCAGUCGAUUCAUUUUAAGUCAUGGGUCUUGCAUGUAUAAUCAGACGACAAGGCGUCCAUAUUCAAAUAACAGCAGUUACCAAGAAAACUGUUCCGGCCGUGCUUCUCGCUUUUAUGCAUGAUAAAACGACCAGUCAUUUAUUUGAGCUUUAACAGCAGGCGAUUCAUUUUAGUCAUGGUGAAACAAUAUAAUUCCAUUGAGAUGUCAUUGAAGGGCUUUGUACGUGAGCUUAAGGAGAUAAGAGAUGAUAUAAGCACCCUGUCCAUUGGAAAAUUACAUGGAAUGGGAAUGCGCCGUCGUGGGCGAGCACACAUCGCACCUGAAAGUGGGUGUGAAGUUUCUUGUGAAGUAAUUGAUCAGAGUCCAUGGGCAAACUUGCCCCCUGAAUUGCUCUAUGAUAUAAUUCAACGUGUUGAGGCCAGUGAGACCUCAUGGCCUGGCCGGAGGGAUGUAGUUGCUUGUGCCUCUGUUUGUAAAUCUUGGAGGGAGAUCACAAAAGAAAUUGUUAAGACACCUGAGCAAUGUGGCUCGCUCACUUUUCCCAUCUCGCUCAAGCAGCCUGGUUCAAGAGAUGCUCCAAUUCAAUGCUUUAUCAGACGGGAUAGGGCAACCUCAACGUAUCUCUUGUAUCUUGGUUUGAGCCCUGCUCUAUCUGGUGAUAUGAGUAAACUGUUAUUUGCAGCAAAGAAGAUUAGAAGGGCAACAAGUACUGAGUUUCGAAUUUCUUAUGUUGCAAAUGAUUUUUGUCGGACUAGCAACAAUCAUGUUGGAAAACUGAAGUCUAAUUUCCUGGGAACAAAAUUUACCGUUUACGACAGUCAACCUGCACACCCAGCUGUACAAGCCAAUUGCAAGCCACACAGAAAACUGCAUUCAAUCCAGGUUCCUACAUCAGUACCUGCUAAGGACUAUAAUGUGGCCACUAUUUCUUAUGAGCUCAAUGUCCUCAGAACCAGAGGCCCGAGGAGAAUGCAGUGUACCAUGCAUUCAAUCCCCAUCUCUGCAAUUCAACAAGGAGGAACUGCUCCUACUCCAACAGAAUUCACGAGAUGUAGUGAUGAGAAAAUUCCAACAUCGUCCAUAUCAAAAACUAAGGAGCCACUUAGUGCAAUCAGUUCAACUAACCUUUCUGAAUCGACUGAACCAAUUUGUAGCCAAAAAGAUCCCUUGGUUUUGAAAAAUAAAGCACCAAGAUGGCAUGAGCAGCUGCAAUGCUGGUGUCUAAAUUUCAAAGGACGUGUUACAGUGGCCUCUGUAAAGAAUUUCCAGCUGGUGGCAGCCGUUGAACCCAGCCAAAAUGUGCCAGCAGAAGAACAGGAAAAAGUUAUUCUACAAUUUGGAAAGAUAGGGAAAGACAUCUUCACCAUGGAUUACCGCUACCCACUGUCUGCAUUCCAAGCCUUUGCAAUCUGCUUGAGUAGCUUUGAUACUAAACCAGCUUGUGAAUAACGAUAUUAUUUCGCAAGCAUUUGCAUCUUGAACCAUAUUGACAUUAGUCUUCCCCGGAAAUUUUGUUGUAAAUAUUCUCUUUAAAGGAAGCAUUUAGGAGUUUGCCUUUUUGUCAAAAUUUCUGCUAGUGCAUGCGUGUCAAAUGUACGCAAGUUUCAACAUUUUUUUAUUUUGCAGAAAUGUAGUUUCAGAUGAGAAAUCAUCUACCCCGACUGUAAUUUCUUCGUUACAGAGAAUUCUACUUUUAUCCAACUUGUAUAUUAGAAAUCUUGUUUAAUGAACCCUUAAAGUCA